ACACGACCUCCCCGCUCAGGGCGUGUGGGUAAAGAUGGCAGCUUCCUGUGUUUGAGCUGGGCUGGUUUAGCUGACAUACCGAGCGCUAAAGCGGCCAGAUGCGGGUUUAAUCGCGGCUUUUCUGGGUGACGCUCGGCGGCUCCGCUGCUCGGAUGGAUCGGGGCUCUAACGGCGAGUCUCCGGGCUCCAGACAGCCCAGCCUGGACUCCGUCUGCAGCUCGUCCACGUCUCGGUCAGAUCGGUCCCUGCAGACCCGAGGACCGUCCGUCUCCUCUGAGCAGACCUCCAACAGUGACCUUUCACCCCAGCUACGGAUUAAAGGAAAACCUGCUAAGCUGUUCAGAGACUCAGAGAAGGAUGAUAUCGAGCUGUUACCAAAGGAGGUCGUGCAGGAAGUGGGGAAAGAUGUGACGUAUAUCUGUCCGUUUGUGGGGGCUCUGCGAGGGACGCUGACCGUCACCAACUUCAGGCUGUUCUUCAGGGGCAUCAGCAGGGACCCUGCGUUCGUGCUGGAUCUGCCGCUGGGAGUCGUCAGCAGAGUGGAGAGGAUCAGCGGAGCGUCCAGCAGAGGAGACGUCUCCUACGUCCUCGUCUGCAAGGAUGUGCGGACUCUGCGGUUCGUCCAUAAACAGCCGGACGAUUCGUUACAGAAGUCAGUGUUCGAGGUUCUGACCAAGUUCGCCUUCCCCGUCUCCAACAGCCUGCCCCUCUUUGCAUUAGAGUAUAAUCAGGUUUUUCCUGAGAACGGAUGGAAAGUGUACGACGCUCUGGCAGAAUAUAAGAGACAGGGUUUGCCCAACGAGAGCUGGAGGAUAUCUAAGGUCAACGAUCACUACGAGCUGUGCGACUCGUACCCCGCUGCGCUAGUCGUCCCGGUAACCAUCACCGACGAUGAACUGCGACGAGUCGCCGCCUUUAGAGCCAAAGGUCGCAUUCCAGUGUUGUCGUGGCUCCACCCGGAGAGUCAGGCGGCGGUGGUGAGGUGUAGUCAGCCGAUGAGCGGCGUUGGCGGUAAACGCUGUAAAGACGAUGAGAAGCUCCUGCAGGCCAUCAUGGACGCCAACGCUCAGUCGCACAAACUCUUCAUCUUCGACGCCAGACCCAGCGUCAAUGCCGCGGCUAAUAAGAUGAAGGGCGGUGGCUGUGAAAGUGAAGAUGCCUACCAGAACGCCGAGCUGGUGUUUCUGGACAUCCACAACAUCCACGUGAUGCGCGAGUCGCUACGGAAACUGAAGGAGGUGGUUUAUCCCAACAUUGAAGAAUCUCAUUGGCUGUCCAACCUGGAGUCCACCCACUGGCUGGAGCACAUCAAGCUGAUCCUAGCCGGUGCGCUGAGGAUAGCGGAUAAGGUGGAGUCCGGGAAGACGUCGGUUGUCGUCCACUGCAGCGACGGCUGGGACCGUACGGCCCAGCUGACCUCGCUGAGCCUCAUCAUGUUGGACUCGCACUACAGAACCAUCUCGGGCUUCCAGAAGCUGAUCGAGAAGGAGUGGAUCAGCUUCGGACACCGAUUCCAGCAGAGAGUGGGUCACGGUGAUCAGAACCACACGGAUGCCGAUCGCUCUCCCAUCUUCCUGCAGUUCAUCGACUGUGUGUGGCAGAUGACUCAACAGUUCCCUGCAGCGUUUGAGUUUAACGAGUCGUUCCUCGUUACGGUGCUGGAUCAUCUGUACAGCUGUUUGUUUGGGACGUUUCUCUAUAACAGUGAGCAGCAGAGAGUCAAAGAGGAGCUGGCGAAGCGGUCAGUUUCUCUCUGGUCAUUCGUGAACAGUCAGGUGGAUGAGUUUAUUAACCCUCUGUACGUCCACUACCCCGCCCAUGUCCUGCUGCCCUCCGUCUCCAUCAGACACCUUCAGCUGUGGGUCUCCUACUACAUCCGCUGGAACCCCCGCGUUAGGCCACAGCAGCCAGUACAUCAGCGCUAUAAAGAGCUGCUGGCCAAAAGGGCGGAGCUUCAGAAGAAGGUGGAGGAGCUCCAGCGGGAAGUACACAAUCGGGCCUCAGCAUCUUCUGAGAGGGCGGGGUCACCCACCCGCUCCAUCACUCCUGUACAAACCUUCGUCUGAUUGGAGAAGAGACUUAUGGAGCACAGCAGAGUCGGACCUGAAUGGACAGAGUCUAUCUGUCUCUCUCUCUCUGUCUCUCUCUCUGUUACUGAAGCUUUACUGAUGUAUGCUGACCUCUCAGCUGGGUGUAAUAACCUCUUUAUUACUACAUUAUUAUUACUACACUAGUCUAGUAUUAACACAGUUAUUAGCCUUUAUGAUCAGUACUGUAUGUGUUUAUCUCAGUGUGCUCCUUUUUCCACUAAAGCACUGAGAGAGUCACUGAGUGACCGCAGCAGUGUGGUCGUCUGAAUAUGAAUGUGUUAGAUUUGCAUAUUUAAAUGAGCUGUUAAACUAACACGACUAAACUUUAAAGCGCAGUUAAAUAAACACACGUAUAUAUUUUAUACUCCACACUUCUAACUUCCCAAGCUUUUUAUAUACUUGAAGCCAAUCAGAAGGCAGAACAUUAACAUACUCCUGAUAAGCUCCACCUCUCUGCUUCUGACGCGUGAUUGACAGCUGUUACACCGACCCGCCGGUCCUGAUCCAAAGACGUGCGCAUGACCGAUUCUUGCUGCAGUGACUCUGGCCAGCGGGAGUUAUAAUGCUAUGCAAUGCAUCGUGGGUAAUGUAGUUCUGCCAUAGUGUUGUUGGUUUAGGAGCCGUAAGGAGGCGGCAGAGCGCCCCUCAGUGGGCGUAAGAGUGCCUGCAGGUGUCGAGGGCUCUGCACACUAACGAACGCUGAUGUCUUAACAUUCCUGUGUAGCUCAAUAAACGAGCAGAGUGAUUAAA